AUGGAGGUACGGACGCUCCGAAUUCACUUACUACUAUGCCGUACCAUCCACGAUCUGUGUCGCUCAUCCCUCUGUCGCUCACCCUCCGUCCUCACCCUCCGUCACUCACCCUCCGUCACUCACCCUCCAACACUCACCCUCUGUCGCCCACCCUCUGUCGCCCACCCUCUGUCGCCCACCCUCUAUCGCCCACCCUCUAUCGCCCACCCUCUAUCGCCCACCCUCUGUCGCCCACCCUCUGCCGCUCCUCGAUCGCCCUCGCUUUCCUUCUGUUCCUUACCCACUAUCUCUUACGAGGACGCGGUGCUGCUGCGGUACGCGCUGAGGCACGGCACGCGGCAGUGGGGGCGGCUGGUGCGAGGCAGGCAGCUCGCACGCGGCAACAAGGCGUGCUGCAACCGCUUCCUCUUCCUAAAGAACAGCGCACCCACGUUAGGCUCUCUCCCUGCCCUUGACUGGCCUCUCUCCUUUGCAACCUCCCUUACACCCUCCAUCACGCCCUCCUUUGCAUCCUCCCUCUCACCCUCUUUUUCACCCUCCCUCGCAAGCUCCCUCUCACCCACCCACGUGUCCAUCACUCACCCCUACCUGUCCAGCCAUCUCACAUCCGCGUCCCCAUGGCAAUCCACCUCUCGCACGCCUUUCACCUUUGGUCUCCUUCCAAGCUUCCCCGCUCUGCAUUCCGCCCUUCCCCAUAGCCUUUCCCCAUCCCUUGGCUCGACCAUUCCUCCCCACGCCGCUCCCCCCACCGCUACCCCCACCACUUCCCCCAUUGCUCCACACAGCCCACUCACGUCUCCUCCAUCCGCCACACCCUCUCCUUCCUCUCACCGCCACUCUGCUGCUCCUUUCACACCCACGUCUCCCAUAACAGCAGCGACGCCACCGCAGCUGCAAGCCACAUCCACACCGUCAGCAGGAGAAGCCUCAGCAGCUGCUCCGCACCCAUCCACACCAGCACCAUCCGCAAGCAUGCUUCCCAUGCUUCCCGUUCCGCCUGUGCUUCCACCAGAGCUCACUGAAAGCAUGGCACCAGCAGCAGCCCUUCCAACCCCGUUGUAUCAUGCAUCGAUGGACGCAGCUCCCUUGUCUUCAUCUGCUCUGAAUGCAGCACACGCGAGGCCGCACAAGGCACCUAGUACGAGCCGAGGCGUGCUGCCCCCCGCUGCUCUGGAAUUUGCCCGCUCUUUAUUUUCCGGGCUGCCCGGCAGGGAUGAUCCCGAGGAAGGCGAGAGCAGGAACGGGAAGCAAGCAUGGGAGCACACGUGCACGAGUGCGAGGCAAUGUGUGCCCAGUGCAGGGGAAAGCCUGCCAAGCCUCGGCCAACCUUCACUUGCUGAAAUGGUUACUGCAUCAACUGCUGCUCCUCGUGUAACUCAUGUGAUUGAUUCUCCAGCGGCAGCGGCUCUUGCAGCAGCAGCAGAAGGCAUGUGUCAGGGAGAGGUAUCCAUUUGGAAGGAUCUGAUUGAGCUGGAAGGCGAAGCGGAGGGGGUGGUGUGCGGUGUGGAGAAGAGAGCAGGGGUUACCGUGGGAUCGUUCUGUGAGCUGGAGGACCUCUUUGGGGACAAUACCAAUCUCAUAUAG